AUGGCCGUCCGUUCGAGGCCGUCCCUCCGUUUCUCUGUGCGACGCGAUCAGGAGACCCUGCCGCUGCCUCCUCCGACCAAGAGACCUCGCCUCCAUCACGAUCCUCUCUCGACGCCCAAUCCUCGCCCUCAUCCGUCUCCCUCGUCGUCCUCCUCCCGUCGCAAGAGUUCCCCCGAUCUCCUCGAGUCCACCAUCGAGGACGAAAAUACCUCUUCCUCCCUCUCCCAUCAUAAACCCCGGCAUCUCCCCGCGCGCCAUCACCGCAAUCGCUCCCCCCUCCCGACUCCGCGAACCUCCUCCCGCCGUCCACCUCUCUCCUCUCCUCACCACCAUCAUCAUCUCCCCGACUCUCCCCGUCUCAAGGGAAUCCUGGAUCACCGCCAUGAAUCUCCGUCGUCGCAUUUCCUACGCGGCUCUCGCGAAUCCCCAGAUCCAUUAGAUACCAUCUCGCCCGCUCCGACGACCAGAUCGCGCCCGCCGCCUCCGCCUUCUUCCACCUCCGCUAUUUCCCCCUCCGCUUCGACUCGCUCCACCCGCCACCUGCGUCCUGCUACUGUGGAGAAGAAACAGAACCCCGCGGGGGCAGACAAGACGCCUGUUAAUAAAAGUAGUGCGCAGAAGAACCGCAGCACCCAGCAACAGCAGCAGCUUACCCCCGCACCGCCGCCUAGUGGUAGUCCGAAGAGGGAGCGGCGGUCUCUCCGAUCUCAUGAUGGGGGUUCAAGAGCGAGGAGUGAGCUGGCGUUGUAUUUUGGGAAUUACGAACAGCUUUUGAGCUUGGAGCCGCCCAAGACUGAAAUCCUCACGGGCCAUACCACGAUCAAACUCGUCGAUGAUCUUUCCAAGCCUCCUUCUGCUCCCGAGUCGGAUACCCCGUUUGGGAAUCCUCUGGUACAGUUGCAUAAUUGUGAAGUGGUUGAGAUACCCGAACCGGCUGAGGUCACGGAAGAGGACCCGCUGAAUGAAGCGUUCUACUUCCGUGCCCACCGACGAGUCGAACGACAGGAGAAACAGCUCCGGAAUAUCGAGCGAGAACGGGCACAGCAUGAGAAACUCCAGCUGGAUCGUCUGCUUGACGAGCUCCGCAGUAAUGACUGGCUCCGUGUGAUGGGCAUCACUGGCGUCACUGAUCUCGAAGAGAAGAAACUCUACGAACCUAAGCGGGACUUUUUCGUCAAGGAGAUCUCGGGCGUUAUUGACAAGUUUAAAAUCUGGAAGGAAGAGGAGAAGCGUCGGAAGCUGGAAAAGGAAAAGGCUCCGUUACGGGCUGAAGCUACCUCGCCCGAGACUGCCCCGCCGGAAGACGAUAAUAACGACGUCGACAAUAACCACGAAGAAGAUCCUCAGACCAACGGCGUGGCUUUGUCCGAUGCCCAGAGCUACGGUGAACCACCAGACAUCAACGACGUAGAUGCCUGGGCGGCACGCCAACUCCAUCAAGAAGCCCGCUUCGCCACGGCCGGCAAACGCCAAAAGACAUAUUCUUCUGCCUCGCGUCGAAAAUCAUCCAAACCCACCUCUUCUGCUGCUACUGCUACUGCCCCAGAACCACAGAAGAAACCCCCUCCACCUCCUACAUCAUCAUCACCACCACAACUACCUCUGCCACCCCCGCCUCCAGACCGCCCCUUCACAUCCUUCUACCCCGACCCAAAAACCCGCGCUGCAGCUCUAUCCCCGCAGAACCGAAAAAGCCAAACACGGCUCGCAUUCGGCUACCCCAUUCCAGACAUGGAAGAGCGGGAGUUCGACCUGCCGCCGGAACUGGUUACAAAGGAGAUGAUCCGCGCCUGUCAACGGAAUCGGCGGAAGAGGAAUCGGGAGAGUAGGGGUGAGCAGCAGUAG